AACUCGUUGAAGGACAUUCUUUUGUUGUCCAUGACACGGAACACGCUUUUUUUUUUCUGCUUCUUAUCCGCUGCGGCGGCGGCAGAAGGUCCCUGGCGCCUCCUCCCGCGCUCGGACGGGUUCGCCGCGGUCCGCCUCGCGACUACUACGACACCCGAGUGCUACUCGGUCGACGGCGUCAACUGCGCAACCGAAACCAGCAUUUGGCUCUGGCCCUCCUUGCUCGCCAGUCCCAACACGACGACGUCCGUGGGCUGCCCUCUCGACAGCGUGGGUCUCUGGGGCAGCGGCGGCUGGUGCGCCACGGCCAAUGCCUCGUUGCACAAUACCGCCGAGAGCAGCAAAAUGGCAUGCAACACCAGCGUCAGCACGAUCCUCGCUCUGCGCAAGAUCGACAACAGCAGUACCUACUGCCUCCCUUCGUUCGACGCGGUAGGACCGUGCCAGCAGUUUCCAUCUAUCGCCUCGUGCGAAGCCACGACCGCGCUACUGCUGCCAUCAGACCCAGGCUGCACGUACUGCCAAACGCUCUGUGAAGCGUCGUGCUUGGGCGUGCAGACGGUUGUCGUCACAUCCAGCGUCGUGUGGACCGUCGCGAGCGUCGUUGGCGUCUUGUCGUCGAUGGUGUUUGCCCAGCGCUACUACAUUUCUGCGUUACGGCCAGCAGUCCGAACGAGCGUGGAUGGAACGAUGCGAGCGAGCUUGGACGCCACAGUCCUCUCGAGCCGCUGUGACUCGUGCACGUCACCAAGCGCCUUUCGCGAAUUCCCGACCCCGUAAGCGAGUGCGAUAGAACACGAGGAUUUAUGUAUGAACAAUGUUAUUUCAUUGACAAUAGUUCGUACGAUUCGACUACGAACAUACUCGCCAACGUCGUGUUAUAGCAAACAGUCGUCAACGAGAAGGUGCAUCGCGAAUAUAGCCCAGCUCGCACAGUCCUCUUUGCUCUGGGCAAGUAGCUUCCACAUUACUGCUCUACAAGCGCGGUCGUGGGAGCGUUGACGUCGCAUCAAGAGAGUUGUGACGCAGGCGUCGUGGGGUUAGCUCGUCCAAACAACUUGAAUCACCAAGCCGCCGCAAGCCCUCGAAUACUUCGAAUAUGACGCACCGAGCGUCCAUGUAUUCACCAUCCUUCCCUCUAAACCAAGCAGAGAUGUUGUCCUCGACCGA